GACACAAAAAAAUCAUACAAGCGCCUCAAUAAGGAUAGGAGAUGGAGCAUGGCAGGAAGAGAAUAUCUAGAGGAGGAAUUAGACUUAAUAAAUUAUAGUAAAAGCAGUAAUUUAGAUAAGGUCCAUGAAGAUAUGAAAGAUGAAAUGUACUUGUUAAAACAAAAAAUGCACAAGAUGAAUGAAGAGAUGGCACAGAUGAAAGAGAAGUUGAGUGUAGUGAAAGGGUUGUGUGAAGAGAAAGAAGUGAAGUGUGGUGAAAUGAAAAGUAAGCUAGAAGAGUUGAUGAUUGAAAAGAAGAAACUUGAAGAAGAAAGAAAAUAUAAAAAUGAUGAAUGUAAUAAUUUAUCUGUACUAGUAGAAGAAACAAAUAAGGAGUUGAAAGGUUUAAAAAGUAGGAAGGCCUGGAAAGCAUUGAAUAGGAAGCAGCAGAGUAUUUCAGUGAGGGAGAAGCACAUACUUAAGCAUCAUCAUCAGAAAACAAUUAAAUCUAGAAAAAAUUCAAAUGACCAGGUGACCAAGUUAGAAAGAGAGAAAGAGAUGAUGGAAAAUGAAUUGGCUGUUUUAAAGGACAGAGUAGUUGAAGGAGGUGUGAAAGAGAUGAAGGAUGGAAAAAGGUACAAGGAUUGUGUGGAAAUAAAUGUGAUGAGGUUGUGUGGUGAGCAAGGUGUGGCGACGCAGAAAGUGGGUGAGGUGAUGGCUGGGGUUGCUGAGGAUGUGUUUGGGGUAAAAUUAGAUAGUGUGCCAUGUGCGUCGACAGCCAAUAAUAUUAUAGAUAGAGGUUUUGUUUUGUGUCAGUAUCAGUUAAAGGAGGCAAUGAAGGAGUGUGAGAGUUGGGAUUUACAUGGGGAUGGGACAUCAAGGGGGGGAAAGAAAUUUUGGGGUAAACAAAUUAAUUUUGACAAUGACACAAUGUUAUCAGGGGGGUUUUCAGCUAUUGCCAGUGACGAUUCAAGUACAUUGUUGGAGUGUGUGAUGGAGUUUUUGGAUGAUUUAUCGUAUUUAGAAAAUGAGGACGAGAGGGAGAAUUUAAAGAAGGUGAUGCUGAGUAAGUUGAGAGCUACAAUGAAUAACAGAGCAAGUGUGAACAAGAAAUUUAAUACCUUAUUGAGUGAGUAUAGGAGUGAUGUUUGUGGUGAAACUGUUGAUGCUUUGAAAUAUUUGUUUUGUAAUGCACACUUUUUGUUGGGUCUAUCAAACAAAUCAGAUUCAUUAUUAAAAGAUUUUGAAAAGGGGUUAGUUCGGGCAUUGGAGGUGGGGUUGGGAAGGGAUGCAUUUGGGAAGUUUGGAAGGUUUCAGUCAGGGGGGGAGUCUGCUACAUCGAGAGUAAUAAGAACAGGGUGUGAUAUUUUAGGGCCACGGGGGGAUGAAAAGAAUGGGGUUAGGCAAGAGUGGGUGGGUUAUUGUUUUAAAAGGGGAAUAAAAUCUGUAGUUUCUUCAUUUAGAAUGAAUAGAUUUAACAAUUUUUUUGAGGGUGCUGGUACUAUUUAUUUUCAUCGGGAUGACAUUAUUGAUUUUCUAAGCAAUUUUAAGGAAAAGUUGAAUUUGAAGGUUGAGAGUGUAUUGCAUGAUUGUUUAAGUUCUGAAAUUAUGUCUUUACUUGGAGCAUUAGGAUUAAUUUAUUUUUCAGUUACCGGUCCAUUCUGGUUGCUUUUAUGUGGUACGACUCAAUAUCUUGAUUUCUUUAAGUAUGUUCAGCCUAUGUUAGAUAAAUUUAAGGUAUGGUGUGAUGAUAGUAUUUCAUUAAUAAUUUCUGCUAUUUCAAUUUUUGAUGAUUUUAAAAUGAAUGUAGAGGAUGAAGUUUGGAUGAAGUUGAGAGAGAGUGAUAGUAAUGAUGAAAUGACAGAGAAUGCUUUGAGAGUGUUGAUGAAAGGUUUUGUUGAGGUGACUGAGAGACAGUUGAAUGAUUUUGUUGAGGGAGGAGAGUUUAGUGUAGAGCCAAGUACAGAGCUGAGAGAGAAGAUGAAAAGCUGUAAGCUCACAAACCUUGUGAGUGAGUUUGAGUUUGGUGACUUAGAUUUCAGCCUAUUCAAACGCAGAAAUGCUUCUCUUUUUUUUCAUACCAAUAUACAAAUGUUGAAGAAAAACAGGACCAUUUCAAAAUGGUUAAAAUCAAAGCCACCAAAAGAACAGGUAAGUUAUUUACAACUAUGUCGUGGAAAUGUAGAAAUUAUGAAAGAGAGACAGAAGAUGCGAGAAGGAGAAGUACUGAAAAGAGUGAAAGAGAAAUUAGAGGAGACAAACAAGACUAAGCAUGAGGGAGAGAUGAAGAAGCAAGAGAGUGAUGGUGCGAUUAUAGAGCGGGUGUUAAGGAUGAAAUUAGAUAUUUAA